GUGGCCUCAACGCGUAAUGCUGCCGUGUAGCUUAGUAGUUGUUGCUGUCAUAAUCUCAUGCAACUUAUCGGUUGCAGUGAAUGACACUAGGUACAGCGAAAGCAGCUGCCUGCAGCGACUGGUCAAUUAUCGCGAGUGCUGCAGCAUGCCCCGGCUGCUGCCGGAGCAAGUGAUCGAGACCUGCCGAGCGCGACCGCUACCAACCGCAAUUCCGGGCGUACCCGACCCACUGCCGGAAAAUUGUAUAGCCGAGUGUGCACUGAACGAAACGGGCAUCCUAUUUAACGGGCAGUUUCGUGUGGAGCAGGCGGUGAAGGCACUCUCCACCCAGGUGCCGAACGAUACGCUCACCUGGCAGCACGUCAUCGAGGUGGCGUCGAAGAAGUGCUACAUCAUAACAGUGGGUGACUCGUUCUAUCUGCGCGAUGUGGCGAAAAAUUUAAUAUCACCCCAAUGCAUUCCGUCCUCCUUCCGGUUUCUUCAGUGUACCUUUUCGAUCGUGUACAGGGACUGUCCGGACAUCUACUGGAACUACCAGAACGAUCGGUGUGGCCAGUUUGUGGUAGCGCUGAACAACUGCCACUACCUGUUCCGUCACAUAUGGGACAUCUGACGCGAGAGAGUUGAAUAAUUUGCGCAGCGAAAACAGAAAUAAAAUGUAACGCUAAACUGCAUUCCCCAAUAAAGCAAAACAAAACGUAACAAUUCGAUUUGCGGAAUUAUUCAAAAUGUGCAAAUCAAGGCAAUUUAUCAGCCCUGCUUAUCAUUAGCAAAUAAUAAACACUCUCGUUAAAAUAUAAUCUACCGGAUACUGUGCCUGUAGCUGCCGUCUCUAAAUAAUGUACAGUCCCGGGGACCGGGAGUGUUAAAAAUGCAGCUGACAAUAUGUGUAUGGACAGCAGUUUGCCUGCAUCGGAACAUUAUCGAUGGAUUUUUGGUAGAAUUGGAAGCAUUUCCGAGCUCCCACCAACAACCGCCAGAGACGUCACCACCAGUACGAUCCUGCGGAGAAACAUUCAACCUGACCGAUCCACGGACCUGCUGCAGCAUACCGUACCUGCUACCGGCGGACGUGGUGGAACCGUGCCUCGAGAUUUCUCUGUCACCGAUCGACCUGGCAGGUGAAAAUUGUCGUGCUGAAUGUGCCCUCAACCGGACCGAAAUGCUGGUGGACGGCCAUUUCCAGCUCGAGACGGCAAUGCAACAGCUGACCAACGCCACCAGCGAGGAUAGUACGCUAACGAAGCGCAUUCAGUACGCCAUCGGCGCAUGCAAUGGCCUUUUUUUGGUGAGUCGCUCUCAUCCUAAGCACAAUCAACAGAUGCAAUUGUGAUCGUAUCGCGAUCGUUUUCAUUGCUACAGAAUCCAACCGCAGCCAACUUGACGGACUCUUGCACCUCAACGCCACGGCUUCUGCUCGAUUGCAUUUUUGCCGUUACGUAUCGGGUGCGCACGUGUCCCCAAAUACAUCCACAUUCGCUUUUAAAUGCUUUAUAUUGUCCAUUGUCUGCGCAGAAUUGUCCACCCCAGUACUGGACAGCGUCGGACGAAUGUAACCAGCUGGUACGCACACUGAACAACUGUCCCCAUUUUCUGGUCCACACUGAUACGUUUUAAACCAAGCCUAACGAUUCGGAUGUUUCCUACAACGCAAAACCGCUGCCGUACAUUUUAGGUACAUAUAUUUGGUUUCACUUACAAAGUAAUAAUUAUACUUUUCUCUUUUAACGCCACCGUCACACGCGACCCCCUUGGCUGGCAAGGUGUCUGAGAAGAGGAGAAGAUAAGCGCACGCGCGAACGCGUGAGCAUCACGCAUCUCUCCCCGAGAUCUCGCAUCGUUUCGCUUCCGGCAAUCAAACGGGCAUCCUAUUUAACCCCUUGCUACUGCUACUACUCCUACCGCGCUCUAAACGUGAUUACAGAUGAUAAUAAAUUAAUCUACACAUUAA